CGCAUCAAAACAACAGCAACAGCAAUACUAGAUUUUGGCGGUUCUCUUGGAAAGGAGAAAAGUGGACGAAAACAGAUGCAAGAAUCCAAACUAUUUCUUCCGUUGAUUACCAUCUUGGGUACAAAUACGCUGGCAUGUGGUAUUUGAACAUUUCUUAGCAAUUAUGCAUAAAAGACAAAGUAGAGCUACUCCACUGAUGGUGCAGGUACAAGCAGGGAAAAUGGAAAGCUACAGAAAAAGCAGUCUAAAAACUGACAGCAAGUCUGGGGCUGAAAAAUCAGAUGGAGCAAAGUUUCCAAUAACAAGAGCUAUUCUUUGGGAUAGAAGCUCAAGUGAAAAAUCUCAAAUAAUUUCUUUUUCUGCCCAGAGGAAAAUUAGAUUAUACUUGAGUGAAAAGACAUUGCAUCUUGCUGCAAAACAUGGAAAUGCUGCUUCAAGUUUUUUCAUAGGAAGCUUUGUAACUGGAUCAGAUGGUGUGUUUUUACAAAUAGACAGGUUUGAUCCAGGAAGAAAUAUCGAGAUUCAAGCAGCACAAGGCUUUGUUACCAGAAGAGUUCCUACUGCUGUUAUCCCAGGUGAUCACAUUAUCAGUGUCAAGUUUAUCCCUGGUUUGUGCAGAAAUGAUACAGCUAGCUGUGUGGCAGACAACAACAUGAUGCAGCAACACAUUGAGGUACUGAAAAACCGUUGCAGUAAAAAACAUCCUGUAAAUGUACCAGAUUUCUUCAUCUCUCGAGCAUGUUGCUAUUAUCAAACAGACAUAGAUGAAAUGAUCGUAGAUUUAUCAUGUGAUAUCGUUACGUUUGCAACAGACUUUGAAGCGAAACCCAUCAAGUCAAUUCCUAUCAUACCUACAGCUUUGGCGAAGAAUUUAUCCGGGCCUAUGCGUCUAAGUUACGUUCAAGGAAGCCCAAAGUUUGGCUAUCUGACGAUGGAUCAGACACGAAAGCUUCUUCUCCUGCUUGAAAACGAUCCAAAGGUUGAUUCUCUGCCUCUUGUUGGAAUAUGGAUAAGUGGAGUGGAAGAUAUUUCGCACCCGUUUACUUGGGCCUGUUGUCUCAAAUUCAUACGCGCUGAUUAUAUAAACGAAAGAGUUAUAGCUCCACCAUCUUCCUUCCUCCUUCUACAUUAUCCCACUUCGAAAGGACAUCCAGAUUUCUACGAAAGUCAACCAACGUUAGAUGCAAAUGGUGGCAAAGUUUUUGAUCUUUUAACUUGUAAAGAACAAUUGGUCCUCAGUUCGAAAAAAACAACCAGCGAUUCCCAAAAUGAUAUCUGUUUCGAUCUUUUGCCAAUUGAAGAAAACGAUGCAGAAUUCGACGUCAAAAUCCUCACUCUUAACGAUUCGGUUCGCGGACAUUUUACGGACCUGUCUGUCCAAAGGGAAGUAGUUCUUGAAGGCAACGGAAUGCCAAAAAGCGACGCCUCUUUCAUACCAAUUGGACAAUACAAAGAUAAAGAUGAUCCGUCCACUCCGCGACCAUGUCCCAAGCCUUUUACAAUAUUGACGGAGGCGCACCCUCGAACUCCAUUGGUUCCUGAGCUGUCUCUCAUCGAGGUGCAACCAAUCAUUUCUUCCACAAGAGAGUACAAUCCACAGGAUUACCAGGAAAAUGGUACACCAGAAAGCAGGAAUGAUGUGUCACAGGCUUCCGUUAGGUCUGGGCAAGCCCGUAUUCAACCUGAACGCAGGACAAUGCCUAAAGAUUUACUUGACAUUUCAAAUAGUGAUAUAAAUUUCGGCGAUGGUGUGGAGGACAGUUGUUUCAUUAAGAGAACAGUUGCACAUCAAGGCACCGUUGAAACUGAUCAAGAUGAUGGCACAAAUGAUGCCAAUAAUUCUGAUGCAACUGGAAAAGUUGCUCAAAAUAACACUACGAAAAGAGACCAAUUGGUGACUGCUCAAAGAACUAAUGAAGCCUUAAUUGGUACCGAGGAGCGGGGGGCCUAUAGAGAUAAUCACGACUCAAGAAUAACUAGUGCCACAGCCAACUGUGCCAUGCAGACCGAUACUUUGUCUGUUAUUGCAGAACAUGAACGACAGCUGUUUGAGCUUCGUGACCAGAUUCGUGUGUUACUGCAACAAAAACAAAAUGAAGAGUUGAGACGUGAUGAGCUAGCGAAAGUCGAUACGCCAAAAGCAGAAAUCUCAACGCAAUGCAGUCUCAUGGAAAGCAGAAAGGAUGCAAUUUCUAUUGGGAUAAACACAGGAGAGAGUUUGAUCUGGAAUGGCAGAGACCCAAGUGAAGGGGCCCUUAGUUGCAGCUGCUGUGAAAAGUGUAAGAGAAAAAUAAGACGCUCAAGACCAAGUCAAACACAGCAGAGUUUAGAGACAUUUUCACUCGAGGUUAAUCAAGAUUGCCCUAUAUUGACACCAAACAACGGAAACCAUGAAAAGACCCCGGAUGUUAUUGAAUCGUACAGUCUCUCUGAAAUCAAAUGUGGUGAUAUACAUGUCCACAGUUUGUCCGAGAAUAACAUGUCAGCCUCCAUGCAAAGUUUCGCCUCAGAUUUCAACGCCGUUGACUUACCUGUUUUUGAUGAUAGCCAAAACAUCGACCCGAAUUCGCCAGACGAUGUGGAGCUAGGUGCUAGUGCAAGCAUGAUUUACGAACAAGUAAAUCAAAACCAAGUGAGUCUGAAUCAUUCAACGAAAUCAUCUAAUCAUUCUGGUGAUCAUGAUCAGCAUACCGGCUCUGCAGAUGAAGAGGAGGCAAAUUUCUACAAACAAAUGGUUGAAGAUGUGAAGGAUCUCCUAAACGACCAGGUUGAAACAAACAAAGAGACAUUGAGACUAGAGAAUAUCGACGAUCCUUCGGAUUUCAGAGAUCUUUCUCGUUUUUCAAACAGCUUGGAAGAAGGAAAUGGCGUCAACGAGAGCACCCGACAGCAUGAUGUGCUUGUGGAUAAACUCGAAAUGGGAGCUUUGAACGCCACUGACGCUGAAAGCAGACUGGUUCCACGAGAUGGCGCGGUUUUCCACCCGCGGAUAAACUAUGUAUCACUGCUUGGCAAUGACACAGGAGAUGAGGCUAAUAUACUCGCGGACGAAAUUGCCAUGAAAUACCUAACAUCAAACCAAGUCCGUGAUGUUAAGCUCAACGUGACGCAGAAGACGAAAAGCGUCAAGUUCGAAGGCGACGUAGCUGGUGCACUCGCGGGUAUGCCCGCGGGUAUGCCUCGAAUCAAUAUGAACUAUGUUAGUGUAAAUGUGUCGUGUAAUAUGUCCAUUGCUACCAAAAGGUAUAUGCAAAGAUAUAAUCUCCUUGAGAGUCAACCCGUCGCAAACCUGCAGUUGCCGAACAGACAUGGCCCAUCCGCGAAGGAUGCGGCCGUUAGAAAUACGUCCACGAAACAGGAAGACAAAGAGAAUAACAAACAAUUUGGCAAAAUCCUAGACCUUAAAAAAUUAAAGGGACUAUCUAAAUUGUCGUAGGUUUAUAUUAACCGAGUAUACCUGUGGUCAUGCUACACUUACACGACUCAACUGGGUCAUGCAGAACCACAUAUAGACGGAACAUUGUUUUUCUCUCCGUAAUAAUUAAUUUUCUCUCCGUAAUAAUAAAAGAUUUCCCUGUUACAUUUUUUGGCCUUCGGACACUGUGAGGCGUCUUUGAGUAACCUAGAGACCCCUUUGGACAGUAUUUGUAAACCUUGAAGACCAAAUUCCCUGAAUUCCUUCUUCUACCACUGUGCAUAUUUGUAAUGAAGAUAUCUUAUGAGUAGAAAACAUAAUAACAAGCAUUUGUAUAUAAUAAAUGAAAUCCCAUUUUUGAUCAUUUAAUCUUGGUAUGUGACUGCUCUGCAAGAAAAUAGCGUCCUUUCUCCCAUCUUUCUCUAAUUUAUCAAUUUGGACCACUCCCAUUUAAUCGAAUUCAUCAACUCUUUUAUCUUUCAUGGUCCCCCUCUUCGAGACAAAGAAAAGCGACAAGGAUGUGAUACGAUACGAUAUCAUACCAUAUUGAUCUUCAGUUUAUUUGGGGGGAUUGAUAAAAGUAAGGGUUAGCUGAAGUCGCAUACCAAUACGUCAUGAAAUAACAAUGGUAUCUUGUAAAAGACAGAGUCCGAUCCGAUUUGGUUCCCUUGUCUUUCGGUGACCAAAUCGCACAGGAUUCAGCCAAUUACACCUACCGUUGUUACUUCAUACCGUCGCGGUCUAGGACAAGUAUUCGUGCCGUAUUCAUUUGAAUACGAUUUGGUUCCAAGCAAAAAGUAGCCACCUUGUCCUUCGGGAACCAAAUCGUACAGGAUUCAGCCAAUUACCCCAGUGCUGAGGAGAGGGGGUCAGGGGGUCACUGACCCGGGGGCCCAUGACUUUAGAGGCCCAUAGAUAAUAACUUAACUAAAUGAUUAAUACCUAGCCUCUCCAUUAUCAAAACCUGUCAAUAAUAGUAAAUAUGAUAGGAAAAGCCUUUAAAUGAAAUAAGGUAGAAGCAGCAACAGUAUUAUAGCCCCAUUAUGUUUGUCAAACAGAGUUAGUAGCUUUAGGUGAUUUUCUAGCUAGUUAACAAAACAAUUUCCGCAAAAUCUGCAAAAUGAUGGAGCUAUAGUCAAGUUUUUCGGGUGCUUGAUGCUUCUUAGGAAAAGUGACUCCUCAGUGAUGUUAGGAGAUAAGUCAUCCUUUUAAGCUGCGCAGAAUUUUGCAAUCCCUUGCUAGGUCAUCUUCCCUCAACAUUGUGUAAAAUCAAAGAAUACUGAACCCCUCCAAUAUCUCGCCAAUUGACAUGAAUUGCCUAAUUAUCUUUGCUGUAACACUAUCAAUAAUAACGAUGCCGGCAUUAAUCUUGAAUUUUAGCAAAGGUCUUUUCUGGUUUUCACUUCCAGAUAGAAAUAAGUUCGACUGAUUUCUUGUCUUUAGUUUUUUAGGACAUCUAGCUCCUCCACAACUAGCAACUUAGGACGAGGACGUCUAAACGAGCUUCUUAAAAGAUUGAUCAACUAGUUUUUAAUUGACAUUGAAAGGUUGCAUUCUGAUUGCUAGAUGUAAAGUUUUUCAAAUUAUUUGAAUGGGGAAAAUCUACUUGGUGCAGCAUGUCCGUUUUGAUCAAAUUUAGCAUUAAAUUGUUUUCACUUUUUGAGAUUUUUAAAUGUAAAAUAUUGCAUAUUUUAUAAUUAAAAAAUAUGCAUGCAUUAUGACGAUAGUAUACCAGUGAUAUUCAAAUUAUAUUGAAAUGAUCAAAGAAGUAAUAGCCACCAUCGCAAUUCCAGCAACCAAAAUUCUCACUUCAAGAUAGAGAUAAACGUGACUGAUUUCUCAAGAAUGAGAUAAACUUGACUGAAAGAGAUAAACUUGACUGAUUUCUCUUGGUCUUCAAUUUUUGGGGACAUCUAGCUCCUCCUCUAAGCGAGCUUCUUCCAAGAUCGAAUCAACUUGUUUUUUUAUUGACAUUGAAAAGUUGCAUUCUGAUUGCUAGGUGUAAAGUUUCUUGGUGACUUUAAUCUAGAAGAUACUAGCAUCUUUUUCUAAGACCAAAGAAACAUCGGUUUGCAUUUUAAUUUAAGCAUCACUAUCGAUUUGCUGAUGAAAUUAUCUCUGUUUAUUAGCAAGAGCGAAUAGUUUGUAAAAGGAUUGUUUUUUCGUAAAAUUUGUUGCCUUGAGAUAUGAACUGGUUCUUACGUUGUUCUUACUUCUUGGAAAAUUCGAGCCUCGGGAUUUUUAAUAGAGUAUGUUCUUUCCUAGGUGCCCAAAUCUCCAUAUUUUAGUCUCAGAAAUAUAGAUAGAAACUAGUCACAGAAAAUGUUUUUGAGCGAGGAUUCAUUCUUUGCCACCGCAGCUGUCUACAAUUCUUAAUCCCCGGAUUUUUGAGGCUCAGUUACCCAGAGUAGUACUUUUAUCAAAAAUUGUAGUCAGCUGAUAGUCUAAAAGGUUUAUCAAUUAUGUAGUAUUAUUCGAGCUUUGCUUCUGGUUCUGUGUGGACUGUGAAAUGAUCUUGCCUUAACUAAGAUCACGGGCCGUUCUCACGUUUUGUAGUGAUUUACGAAGAAGCUUCCAUGAAUUUUUACUUCAAUGUGCCUGAUUGUCACCUGUGAAGUAGACAAGAUGUAUCUGAAAAGCUUCUUUAUUCUUGUGUUGGGACAGUUUAAAGAAAACGUUUAAAGGAAAAUGCUAUUCCAUGAAAAUACUUAGUUGAAAUAUACCGAUGAAAUAUAGCUGGAAAUACCAAGUUUUUCAUGCUGAAAAUGAACUUGAUGAUCUGAAAAAGAUAAUGGUUUUAACUUGCCAUUAAACUCGUUUCUAAGCCCCAAAUUACGUUUUUUCAAGACAACAUUGAUCGAGAAAAAGAUAUUUUUCAAAAAACUAGCUGAUUAGAUAAAUAGACAAGUGUCACGUGCUACGAUGUUAUCUACCAUUUAGCUACUCGACCAGUUAAACUCUAUGUAGUAUUUUAUCCAUUUGCUCUUCUGUCCUAGGGUCAUGCAAUCAAAAUAUUGCGAAUUUCAGUUGCAAAAAAUUAGAUUCUUAAACAGAUGCUUUGGGUAACUGUUGCCUUUCCAAGUUUUGAAUAAGACAUCAAGACAAAUGCAUGUUUUAUGUUCUGUGGGCUGCUACUUUUGUCAUAAGAAAUUGAAUUUGCAUCAAAAAGCUAUCUUUCCUGAACAUAGAUGCACUAGUGACAUAGAUGCAAAUAGCCUUAGAUGAAAAACAGUAAAAAGUUGUUGAUCACUUUGAAUAAGACAUCAAGACAAAUGCAUGUUUUAUGUUCUGUGGGCUGCUACUUUUGUCAUAAGAAACUGAAUUUGCAUCAAAAAGCUAUCUUUC